AUGGCGGGCCGACCGGAUACGUCCCGCCGGAUGAUCCCUUGGCUGUACGACCUCGUCCUGUGGCUCUUUACCUGUGCGCUGGACCUCUUUUUCCGCGAGAUCUACCCUCGUGGAGCUUGGAGAAUCCCCGAGAGAGGCCCUGUACUGAUUGUCGCCGCCCCUCAUGCCAAUCAAUUCGUCGAUUCGGCGAUUUUGAUGUACCUACUGAAGUCGCAGGCUAAGCGACGCGUGUCUUUCCUCAUCGCGCAGAAAUCUAUGAAUGAGCCCUAUAUUGGGACAUUGGCAUCAUGCAUGGGCGCUCUCCCAGUAGUCCGAUCUAUGGACUUGACCAAGCCUGGGAAGGGUACCAUCUACCAGCCCGAUCCAGAAAGCGAUCCGGCUCUCAUUCAUGGCGUGGAUACAGAUUUCACGCAGCCUGGAUAUACGCCCAGUGGCUCUCUCACUAUCAAAGGCAAGCACGCACCGGAAACUGCUUCGAUCGAUGAAAUUCUUGGACCGACUUCGCUUCGACUCAAGAAGCCAUUCACUUCUCGGCUUUCUGAUGACCCUGGCCGUAAAGGCACAAGGUUCAAGAUCGCUCCCCACGUUGAUCAGAGCCAGAUGUUUGAUGCCGUGUACAAGGAGCUAUCAGCGGGAGGGUGUAUUGGUAUCUUCCCCGAGGGCGGCAGUCACGAUCGCUCCAACUUGUUGCCCUUGAAAGCCGGCGUUGCCUUGAUGUCACUCGGCGCUCUGGCCCGCGAUCCUGACUGUGGGUUGUCCAUCAUCCCUUGUGGGAUGAACUAUUUCCAUGCUCACAAAUUCCGCUCUCGUGGUGUCAUUGAAUUCGGCCGCCCCAUCCAUGUGCAUCCAGAUCAGGUUGCAGCCUUCAAAGCAGGCGGCACUAGUAAGCGUAAUGCCGUUGGUUCUCUGCUCGAAACAAUCUAUGAGGGCCUUGAGUCUGUCACGCAGAUCAGUCCGGAUCAUGAGACCCUCAUUCUGGUUCAAUCCACCAGGAAGCUUUACAAUCCUAUCAGCAAGAAAAUCCCACUUCCUCUGGUGAUUGAGUUCAAUCGAAGACUCUUGAAAGGAUACACGAAGCACCAAGACGAUCCCAGAGUCAAGGACCUUAAAAAGAUGGUCAAAGAGUACAACCGACGCUUGGAAUCGCUUGGUAUCAGGGAUCAUCAAGUUGAGUGGGGCAAUAUCGAAGAGAAACCAUGGUGGCUCAUACUGAUCACCUUGUUCUACCGCCUGACCAAGCUUCUCGUUCUCAGUUUUGGAGUUUUGCCAGGAGUACUGCUCUUCUGGCCUGUCUUUGUCACGACCAAGGUCAUCUCGGAAAAGAAGCGACGCAAGGCACUUGCAGCUUCGGUGGUUAAGCUGCAAGGACAUGAUGUCGUCGGCACCUGGAAAAUCCUCGUCGCUAUGGGACUGGCACCCACUCUCUACGUCUACUACACCAUUAUUGUGACGGCCUGGCUACGCUACAACCGCAAUGGUGGCUACUAUACCAAUUCUGUUCCCUGGUGGAUGGUUGCAAGAACGUACGUCCCCGAUUUUGUCCCACUGUGGAUUUUUGCCGUGUGCUUCUACGCCCACAUGGGGUUCGUCAGCUAUGCGGCACUCCGAUUUGGUGAAGUUGGAAUGGACAUUAUCAAAUCUCUGCCCCCGCUUCUGGUCGCCUUGAACCCGCUGUCCUCUUCGUCCCUGAUUGACCUGAGACAACACCGCGAGGCGCUCUCAGAGCGGGUUACCCAGACAAUCAAUGAUCUUGGUUUCGGUAUUAUGCCGGACGUUGAUGCCGAGAUUCCUACGGACUCAUACAAACACGACGCUUAUCAAUCUUACCUCAAGAGCAUGCCGCCAAGCGAGCCCUCCAGUCGGGAACGCAGUCGCAGCCGGUCCAACGGCCCUGGUGGUGGACCUUCUUUGAAGGCGCUCAGCUCGAUCAAUUCGGAAGGAGACUUGGCAGAGAUUGAUCGGAAGAUCCAGACCAAUCUGAAGGGGAAGAGGCAGACGGUCGAACACUCUGACCACUUUUGA